AUGGCUGUGUAUGGAAAAAUAUCUUAUUGGAAUGAUCGAUAUACUAAUGAAGAAGAGCAAUUUGAUUGGCAUCAAAGAUGGAAUGGUGUAAAACAUAUUUUUACAGAACUUAAUAUAAAAAAUGAUGCUAAAAUUUUAAAUGUUGGAUGUGGAACAUCAAAAUUUAGUGAAGAAAUGUAUGACAGUGGUUAUACCGACAUAACUAAUAUAGACGCAUCGUCUGUGUGCAUUAAAAAAAUGAAAGAAAUAUACGUUGAUAAACCAAAUUUAAAAUAUAUUUUAAUGAAUGUUUGUGAUAUGAGAGAAUUUAAAAAUGAAGAAUUUGAUUUAAUAAUUGAUAAAGCAUGUCUAGAUUCAAUAGUAUGCUCAGAAGAUUCCUUAAAAAAUGUUGAAGAAAUGUUAUCAGAAAUAUCAAGGACUUUAAAACCUGAAGGUAUUUUUAUUAUUAUAUCUCAUGCGCAACCAACUUAUAGACUAGGGUAUUUACAAAAAUCCCAGUAUAAGUGGGAUGUUACAGUUAAAACAGUAAAACGUCCCAUGUUAGGAAUAGUGGCUCCUCCUGUAGAUGAUAGUUUGCAUUAUAUUUAUAUUUGUAAAAAGGAGAAUAUAAUAACUUAA